AUGAGCAACCAAGUGGGUGUCCGGAGGACCAGUCUGAGCCAGAAACGGGGUCCCUCCGCUGCGAUUAAGAAAUCGGUCCCUCCCGAAAAUGGAACCUCUAAUGGCACCACCAGCAAACCCUCGUCUCCUCCUCACCCCCUUUCGUCUGGUGGUGGGGAAAGGACGGUGAAGAAGCUAAGGUUGUCAAAAGCCCUAACUAUUCCGGAGGGGACUACAGUAUCCGAUGCAUGUCGGAGGAUGGCGGCUCGCCGUGUGGAUGCUGUGCUCUUAACUGAUGCAAAUGCGUUGCUUUCAGGAAUUGUGACAGACAAGGACAUUUCGGCUAGAGUCAUUGCGGAGGGGUUGAGACCGGAGCAAACAAUUGUAUCAAAGAUCAUGACGCGGAAUCCUAUUUUUGUUAACUCUGAUUCAUUAGCCCUUGAAGCUCUCCAGAAGAUGGUCCAAGGUAAAUUCAGGCACCUCCCUGUUGUAGAGAAUGGAGAAGUUAUUGCCUUAUUAGAUAUCACCAAAUGUCUCUAUGACGCUAUAUCAAGAAUGGAGAAGGCAGCGGAGCAGGGGAGUGCCAUUGCUGCUGCAGUUGAAGGAGUGGAGCGCCAGUGGGGAGCCAAUUUAUCUGCUCCAUAUGCUUUUCUGGAAACUCUGAGGGAGCGAAUGUUCAAGCCUUCCCUAGCAACCAUCAUUGGUGAAAAUACGAAGGUUGCAAUUGUUUCCCCAUCAGAUCCUGUCUAUGUUGCAGCAAAAAGGAUGCGGGAGUUUCGGAUGAAUUCAGCUAUAAUCGUUACAGGGAACAAGAUUCAGGGGAUACUAACUUCAAAGGAUAUCCUUAUGCGAGUUGUGGCACAAAAUCUCUCUCCUGAGUUGACUCUGGUGGAAAAGGUAAUGACGCCAAACCCUGAGUGUGCCACGCUAGAGACAACAAUCCUUGAUGCACUGCAUAUAAUGCAUGAAGGGAAGUUCUUACAUCUUCCUGUCUUAGACAGAGAUGGAAGUGUUGCUGCUUGUGUGGAUGUUCUGCAGAUAACUCAUGCAGCUAUUUCAAUGGUUGAAAGUAGCUCAGGAACUGCUAACACUAUGGCAAACACAAUGAUGCAAAAAUUCUGGGAUUCAGCACUUGCUUUGGAGCCACCUGAUGAUUGUGAUACUCAAAGUGAAUUGUCUGCACUAAUGGCUUCUGAUGGGACAGAUGGAAAGUUCCCUUAUCCUUCUCUUGGUCUUGGAAAUUCAUUUGCGUUCAAGUUUGAAGAUAUCAGGGGUCGAAUGCAUCGGAUCAAUUGUGGCAUGGAAAAUUUAGAUGAGCUGUUAUCUGCUGUCAUGCAAAGGAUUGGUGCUGCUAAUGAUCAUGAUCGUCCUCAUAUAUUGUUUGAAGAUGAUGAAGGUGAUAGAGUUCUACUUGCAACUGAUGAUGAUCUUGUUAGUGCAGUCAGCCAUGCACGAGGAGCGGGACUGAAGGUUUUAAGGUUGCAUCUGGACUUCUUCGAUUCUGGCCACAGAACCAUAUCGCAGUCAGGUACACAAUGGCCCAGAAACGGGAUGGACAUCUCUCCACACUGGAGUUUUGGCAAGUGCUGCUGUUUUAACCAGCAUUGGGGUGUUGGUCUACUUAAAGCGCACUAA